AUGAAUGUGCAGUUUGUCACCAGGACACAGAUCUAUAAAGAUCAGCCCCACACUCUGAUCAGCUCAGAGAGAGAAGCUAGACCAGCAAUUCCUCAUGUCUACCUCCAUAGUGACAUCUCCAUGAUGCCAAUGAGUGAGAUCCCAGUACAUAUCAGGCUUCUUCUGUCACUGUGGCUUGAGAUAUCUCUGUCUAUUCCUAGCCUCUCCCAGGCAAGGCCUUCCCAGCAUUUCAUCUCUCCAGAAAUGGUGAUCCCCUUGAAAGGUGAUCAGCAGGGCAAAGGAGCCAAGGCUCUGGGUUUUCUCUCCUAUAGUUUCUGGUUUGGGGGCCAGAGGUACAUUGUCCACAUGAAAGUCAAGAAGCUGCUAGUUUCUACACACUUCCCUCUUCUUACCUACACAGAAGAGUGUGCCAUCCAUGAGGAACAGCCCUUCUUCCAGGAUGACUGCUAAUAGCAUGGUUAUGUGGAGGAUCCUGAAUCUCUGGUUGCCCUCAGUACCUGUUCUGGCGGCUUUCGAGGCAUGCUACAGAUAAACCAUCUUGCUUAUGAAACAGAGCCAAUUCGAAUGUCUGCCACAUUUGAACACUGGGUUUAUAGGAUAGAAAGUGAUGAGACACAAUUGCUAUUCAUGAGAUGUGGGUAAACAGAAGAUAAACUAACAUUCUAAUUGGAGUGGCAGUUGUCCUAUAAUUUUACUCUGAAACGAAGUUCUUAGGUGGGUUGGUGAACCCACUGGUGGUUUAUUGAGCUGUUAGUUGUGGACCAUGAUAGAUGUCUUUUCUCUAAAAGUAAUAUGUCAGAAGUGUAGUUGGAAGUAUUUGUUAUCAAUAUAAUGGAUUGUUUUUAUAAACCUCUUGAAGUUGAUAUAAUUUUAACCAUGAUGGAGAUUUGGAAUAAUGAAUGCCCAUUUUUCUUUUUAACCAGUGGUGACAUAGAUCAAGUUGUGGAGUAUUUUUCUGUUUGGAAGCAUUAGCAGCUUAAUGUCCAAUUGAGAUAUGAUGUUGCACAUAUUUUCAUUAAAAUAAAGGGCACAAGGCUUGGUAUUGCCUAUGUUAACGGAAUAUGCCAGAGACCUUUUAACUGUGGAGCUGAUGUUUUUGAAAACAGAUCAUUAUUCCUUUUUGCAUGUACCAUGACUCAUGAGCUUGGUCACACUAGGUGGUGUGUGUGUGCAUUGAAGUGGUGAGCCAUGUAUGCCUACAGAAGGGUGGUGUCAAGUAAGUUCAGCAACUGCAAUUAUAGCCAAUAUUGGGACAGUUCUAGCAAUACUGGGUUAUGUAUCUACCCUCUUCCACAUCCAGCAAAUACCUUUAGACUCAAGUACUGUGGCAACGUAGUUGUUGAAGGAGAGGAGUGUGAUUGUGGAAACAUAUACCAGUGUGCAAAAGAUCCCUGUUGUGUUUUAAACUGUACACUGAGUCCUGGAGCUUCUUGUGCUUCUGGACUUCGUUGCAAAGACUUCCAAUUCAUGCCAUCAGGGACUGUGAUACAAGAGGCCAGUGAAUGUGACCUCCCAUGCCAAGAAGAUGUAUAUGUGCAGGAUGGGCUCCCCUGGAGAGGUCUUUUUAUAGCAGUAAAAAAGACAUGUAGCAACCAUGACAUGCAGUGCAAGGAGAUUUUUGGCAGUGAUGCAUGGAGUGCAUCUCAGAGGUGCUACAAAGAAAUCAACACUCAAGGAAAUAGUUUUGGACACUACAAUAUUGUAGGCACAAUCUAUGUGAAAUGUUUGGCUGCUGAUAUCAUGUGUGGGAGAGUUCAGUGUGAAAACGUACACACAGUUCCUAAUCCUGUAGAACAUUCUAUAGUGUAUCAGUUUCACCUCAAUAACACUGGCUGCUGGGGAACUGAUUAUCACUUAGGUAUGUCUAUACCUGAUGUCGGUCAAGUGAAAGAUGGUACAACGCGUGGUCCAGGAAAGAUUUAUAUUCAUAAAAAGUGUGCAAGUAUGGUUUGUCUGCCACAAACCUGCCACAAACCUGUAAGUCUGAGACCUGCAACUAGGGUGAUCUGCAAUAAUAAACAGCACUGUCACUGCAACCAUAGAUGGGCACCUCCCUAUAGUAGUACCAAAGGCUAUGGAGGGAGUGAAGACAGUGGUCCACCUCCAAAGAAUGGUUCAGAAGAAUCAAAUGUAAAGGAUAACUCUAGCCAACUGUUACUACUGUGGCCCAUUCCUGUGAUUGUUUUGGUGAACAUUUUUUUGAAGUUGCUUUUUCAGUCCACAUCCAUGACAAAUGUCUCAACAUUGUGGGUACAGCAGCAACCAGACAUUCUUAAAUCAUUAGAGAAGACUGAUUGA